UUUAUAUGGUAGAGUUUGAUAAGACUGGAAUGAAUGGAAAUACAUUUAUGGAAACAUUAAAUAUAGUUCAGCCAACCUGCCAGCCCGACAUGGUUAAUCUAGCCAUUGCACAUGGGCACAGUAUUUUACCAGGGGACACCGUUUUAGCACCAUGGGAGCCAGAAAUGAGAAGAUACGGACCUGGAAGGGUCAUCUAUGGUAUGGAGCCAAGAGAUCCAAUAAAAGGCGAUGAGAGUAAUUUGGGACUCCAUGUUCUCUUCUGGAAUGGGAUGACAGUUCACGUCCCCAAAGCUCUUGCUGUAUGGAUUCCAGCCUCUCAGUAUGAGCAGAUAAUCAAAGAGCUCCAGCACUGCUCAAUCAGGCCUUGCUGCCACAGGCUUUCACACUGCAGCACAACGACAUGUUUUGAAAUGCCACAUCACCGGUGCAGCCAUCACAAUCUGUUCUCCAUUCCUCAAUACCACUAUCCAGUCAAGAGAUGCCGGCCAGCGUUCAUGUCACCACCAGUACUGACCAACCAACAGAAAGAUCAGCUGGAGAGCAAAGUUGAUCUUCAGCUGAAAGAACUACAGACUCAAUCAUCUUCAUCUUCAAGCUCUGACACAGAUGACAAUGAGGAGGAUAUGGCAAAUGAAAAGCAACAGUCUUCGGAGUCAGAACUAGUGAGCCGCUCAAUAAACACAGAGAUUUCUUGCCUGAGAAAGCCAUAUGCUCAACCUGAGGCCAGACCAGCCUGGAGAUACUGGAAAAGAGGUUCUGCAGAACCACAUCACAUGAAGCCAGGAAGAACAGCAAAGUCUACAAAUGUCAGCCAAUCUUGGCCAAGAGACACUGGGAAUUCUGCAAGAUCUACAGAUAAUUUAAUGAUGACCAAUCACAGCUCUUUAUUCAAACUGGUUCCUAAUUCACCAAAACAAAGGGUCAAUAUGAGAGACAUAUUUAGCUGAACUGAUCCAAAGUCAGCAAUCAGCAAAAGACCGACAAAACUGAUACUAGUAACACAAACAAAGUUGUCAGUUUUGCCAGUGAAGGAUGUCAUUUGUCCAAAUAUCUUGGAACACAAAAGACUAUCAUGUAAAAUUACACAGACGUUUAUUAAUAAUCAAUAUCAAUGAAUAAAGUGAA